AUGAUCGCCAAGACAGAGGAUUCGAAAAAUUUAGAAAUAAUGAAGAACACGAUUUAUAACAAUAUGGAUACUACCAUGGCUUUUCUCCGUGGAGAGAAAUUCCUAUCGGUCCACGUUGAAAUGGCUUUCGAAUCUAGAUACCUUUAUGGAAAAUCACCACUCAAGCAGCUGUCGCGGCAGUAUUUAAUCGAAGCCAAACUAGGGGAGGAACCGAGCUCCAAGAUGAUAAUCGCACUCAACGAUGCCAUAGAAGAACUAUUCGCAAUCCAAGGUGUUAGUGAUGAAAGCGCAGUGCAGAUUGGAUAUUACGGACACUUGUUUUGUGGCAUAAGUGGUAUUAACCCGGCAGACAGAACUCCAUUUAAUCAAAUCAUCAUCUCACAUAUCAAACAGAGGAUGGAAUCAAAACGCCAGCAGAUGGGAAAAUAUCUUGGAUACAUCUAUAAUGCGAUGAAGGAAGUGUGGUCACCGGGGACAGCCUUGAAUACUUCGGGCGACAUGGGUACUCCGCUGAAAGAAGUACUGUAA